AUGCUGCGAACCACCCCCGUCACUGCUGCCGAGAAAGGCCACAACGCCGCACCGGACAAGCCCCAAAGCAGCGACGAGCAGCCGAAUGGGCGAUUGCUUAAUGCUGACUGGGCUUGCUGGCGAUUCGAGGUGGGCGCCAAUGCGGGUCGCCCAGAACUUGCAGCGUCCAAGAAGACACGGCAGGGGUUGUCGCCUUGGUCUCGACUUUCUCGCUGGAAGCCCGACUGGGGUCUCCCUGGCAACCACUCGACAGCCUCCGGACUGGUUGCCCGCUACGGCUCGGCUCCCUUGAUUGAAGGUACAACCGAUGUAUGA